UCCCACCCGGCGGGUCGGCUCGCCUACUGCCAUCACACCAUACGUACCGUUCAACAAACGGUCACAUUUUUAUUCGUAUACAUACACAUACUGUGAUAGUGGAUUGUGGUCAGUUAACAAAACGACCGUUGGUGUUGGUGUGUUGUGUAUAAUAUAAAGGUUCAUAUAGUAACAGACAAUUCAACAAUGGUUGUAUAAUUUACAAUACGAUUAUUAUAAUAAGUGACUGACCUAACUAAAAAUUUACAACCUUGAAUAUACUAUCUAAACCUAGUCAUUGAUGGGUGUCCAAUCGUAGUGUUUAUUAUGUUGUGUAGGUUGUACCUAACGCAUUCAGGAAAAUUGCACAAUCAAUAUGACCCAAGUAAACCCAAGGAAUGUAGAUUCUUUACCCAAGCAGUUUAUAUCCGCAAUGAGAACAUUAUUCAAUAUUAUGGAUGACAAACAUACUGGGUAUGUAAAACUUACAGAUAUAGAAAACCGUUGGCGUGACGACCGAACCAAAGGUUUACCCCGUGGCGUCAUAGAAAGCCUUCAAAAGGUCGCCUCCCACGAUGGUUUACUAACUUUUGAACGAUUCUGUACAGGUCUAAAAAUAUGCCUUCUUCGUAACCAAGUUGAAAAUGUCUCAAAUACUACGGACCGAAUAAAUGACAACGUAGAAACUACGACUAUCCAUGCACAAGCACACCGACCACCUUCAGCGCCUUUACUGGAUGUAAACGAUGUUCAAAACAGAGAUAGAAACUGGAAUGUUAUGAAGUCUGAAAAUUCGGCGCAACAACGAACUAUCAGUAUGCCACAACUAAUAGAACGAACAGAUUUAGCAACAGAGGAAUCACUACAUCACACCUCAAUUAUUAAUAUACCUAAACACGAGCAAUCUAGACCUUACGGACCACCCAAACCUCCAAGAUUAGAAAAAAAAUCUUUAGAAAGGCAAGAAAGUUCUAGACCUAAUUAUAAAUCCGAAGAAACGGUCUUUGAUAACGAAGAGAUAAGUGACACAAAACUUAAUUUUGAAGACAUAACUCGAGUUUUAGAAGAACAGAGUAGAGGUCUUGGAGAUGGACGGUCAGCGAAUGAAACACAGUCACAAACUGUUCGUCGUACAUCUCGUCGACGUGAGCCUCGGCGGCAUACUUUACAUAAUGGAGUUGACUAUAAUCUUUUGAAGAGAAUGAAACAAAUAGAACAAGAAAAGGAUGUUCUGUUACAAGGUUUAACAGCUGUAGAGGAAGCACGGGAAUGGUACCUAAAACAAUUAGGAGAAGUUCAAGAAAAAAUGCGAUAUGCAGGAAGGAUGGGCGUUUAUGUGGAGCCUUGGAGUGAAGCCCACCAGGAACGUUUAGAAUUAUUGCGAGCUCGUGUGUUAGAGCUCAAUCGUCAACUUGGAACUUUGGCGGCUGGAUGGAGAAAUGGACAUAUUCUACAUAUGAACUUGGCCUUACCGGUGUCACAGGUGUCAACAUCUACUGCCCCUAAUGCUUCUGUAUUGCAGUCACAAAAUCGUAUGCUAGCUGAGGAGGUAAAUCGAAAAAACGAAAGAAUAUCAGUUCUAGAAAGAGAAAAAUCAGCACUCAUCAGGGAAUUGUUAGUUCAAAGAAAUAGAACAAAAUUAAUGGACACUUUCACAUAAUGUGAGCUUGGUAUACUGCAAGACCAGACUUUAGAAAUCUAGUAUUAUUAUAACCUACUAGAGGACCUGGUAGUGCCUGGAAAGCAAUGCCUACCAUGUGCAAUUUUGUUUUCAAACCAAUCAGGAUAUCAUUGAAAUAUACACACAAAAUUUUAUGCAACUCAAUCCAGUAAUUUAGGAGUUAGGUGCAAAACACAUCUCCUCUCAUCCUAAAUAUGUAAAUUAAAAUAGUGACUUAUAGUGAUAUACUAGUCUUAAAGUGUAUAUAAUAAUGUUCAACUUUGUGUGCCAUAAAAAAUUAGGCUUCCUAAUGAUAAUUAAUAAACAUUGUGCAAUGAAAGAAGUAACAACUUUUGGAAAGUAUAUUUUAUUCAACUACAAUAAUUAUAUUUUAUAUUACUAAC